CCGGAGAUACUCGGGCCGGUAGAUUGCGGCACGUCCCGGCGAAAAUCCAUAUGCUUGUUCCCGGCCUCCUCCUCGUUCCCCUCAUCGUCGUAUCUUCCUCCCAAAAUGCUGGCAUCCAAGUCCUUCGCGGGAGCAGUCCACCGUGCUGCUCGCCACUCUCUUCAGUCUCGCACCUACGCCUCCGCGGCCCCCACCGCCGCCUUCGCUGGCCAGAAGGCGAGCAACGGCAAAUACACCGUCACUCUCAUCCCUGGUGAUGGUAUCGGUCCCGAAAUUAGCGAGGCCGUGAAGGACAUCUAUACCGCGGCUAAUGUCCCGAUUCAAUGGGAGGAGGUCAGCGUCACCCCGAUCCUCAAGGGCGGCAAGACCGUCAUCCCCGACGCGGCCAUCCAGUCCGUUAGGAAGAACACGGUUGCACUGAAGGGUCCCCUUGCUACUCCCAUCGGCAAGGGUCACGUCUCGCUUAACCUUACCCUCCGCCGCACCUUCAACCUCUUCGCGAACGUCCGUCCCUGUGUGUCCGUCAAGGGCUUCAAGACUCCCUACGACGACGUCAACACCGUCCUCAUUCGCGAGAAUACCGAGGGCGAGUACUCCGGUAUUGAGCAUGAGGUCGUCGACGGCGUCGUUCAGUCGAUCAAGCUCAUCACCUGGGACGCCUCCGAGCGCGUCGCGCGCUACGCGUUCCAUUACGCUCAGUCCAGCGGCCGCAACCGUGUUACUGCUGUCCACAAGGCGAACAUCAUGAAGAUGUCCGACGGCAUGUUCCUCGCCGCCUGCCGUGAGGUCUCCAAGGACUUCCCGAACGUGCAGUACGACGAGGACCUCCUGGACCGCGCAUGCUUGCAGAUCGUCCAAAAUCCGAAGCCGUACGCGGACCGCGUGAUGGUGAUGCCCAACUUGUACGGUGACAUUCUCUCCGACAUGUGCGCUGGCCUCAUCGGUGGUCUCGGCUUGACGCCCUCGGGCAACAUUGGUCGCGACGCCUCCAUCUUCGAGGCCGUGCACGGCUCCGCGCCGGACAUCGCCGGCAAGGGCCUCGCCAACCCGACCGCGCUCCUGCUCUCUUCGCUCAUGAUGCUCCGGCACAUGAACCUGUACGAGCAUGCGGAGAAGAUCGAGAAGGCGGCGCUCACGACGAUUGCCGAGGGCAAGGCGAUCACCGGUGACCUUGGCGGCAAGGCGUCGACGAAGGAGUACACGGAGGCGAUCAUUAAGAAGCUCUGAAGGGGUAUAGCCUAGUUCUGGAGCUUUGAUGGCCUUGGGGAGCGCGCCUUCGUGGUCGGCCCUCUGCGAGUUGAGUGCGAGAGGGACUAUAUCCGGACGAUGUAUCGUCGUCUACUGUAGAGCCAAUAGAUGGUUGCCAUUGUAUGACAAUGUUGUAUUCGAGCGACGGCCUGUGUGGGACAAGGUAAACACAUCUCCGUAGUAGGCUGUGUGUCGUAUACUGUCCAGUACCUCACAUAGCGAUAAGUAUGGGAGAUAUUCCCGGUGCCACAAA